GCUACCCACAAACCAGCUAGCUAGCAUAAUUUCUCCCAUAGCCAGCUUGAUACAACCUCUGUAUGUCCUGAUAAGUUAAACGGUUUGUUCGAGAUCUUCCUUAAGGACAUGAUUUUAACCCCUUCGUCUUUUCGGAUCUUUCUGUUGUCAAUCCAGAUCGCUUUCUAGCAAAUCAGCUCGGCUAACAGGCUAAGCGGCUAGCAGCGACUUCGAUGACAUUUCACUGAAAAAACACAACGAAACAGUCUGCAUGGCCUGCGAGCUGCUGAGUUAGUGUCCGGCCCACGUGUGAGGAAGGCCGGCCGGGCCACGGAGCCCAAGAGAGAAAAAUGGCCGCACAGAACAGGAACUCUGUGCUGAUCCUGUCACGUCGAGAGCGUGGAGCUCGCGUGCUGGGCUCCCAGCACCUCCUGCAGCAGCUUGUGGAGGACAGGACCCGCUGGAUGAAAUGGCAGAGUCAGAAAGUAGAGCUACCUGAUAAUCCACGAUCAACCUUCCUACUGGCCUUCAGCCCGGACAGAAAUCUUGUGGCCUCAACACAUGUCAACCACAACAUCUACAUCACAGAUCUGAAAACAGGAAAGUGCCUGCACUCCUUGGUGGGCCACAGGAGGACGCCUUGGUGUGUGACCUUUCACCCCACCAUCCCUGGCCUGGUGGCCUCCGGGUGCCUCGAUGGAGAAGUUCGCAUUUGGGAUCUACACGGUGGUAGCGAGAGCUGGUUUACGGAGAGUAACAUAGCCAUCGCCUCACUGGCGUUUCACCCGACGGCUCAGCUUCUUCUCAUCGCCACCAACAACGAGCUCCACUUCUGGGACUGGAGCCGCCCAGAACCGUUCGCAGUGGUCAAGACCGCCAGCGAGACUGAGCGUGUCCGGUUGGUACGGUUUGAUCCUUUAGGUCAUAACCUAUUAACAGCUAUUGUAAACCCAUCCAACCAGCAGAAUGAAGAUGAUUCCGAGGUCCCCAUGGACAGUAUGGAGAUGGCUCUGUUCCGCCAGCGUUCUCUUUUACGCUCCCCGCCCGUGCGUCGUACACCCAUCCUGCACAAUUUCCUGCACAUCUUGUCCUCCCGCUCCUCCGGGGCGCAAGCUAGCGAUCAGCCCCGACCUGCCCCUGAGCCCCGAGAGCCACCAAACAUACCCCGGUUCCAGUACCCCAUGCGGGCAGAACCGGGCGACCGCUCGUCCUUACAAGGCUGCACGCAGCACUUGGGUCUUGGCUGCCUGUGCAGUCGCUGCGCUUCUUCUCGAAAUCUACUUACACAGAACUCAACCUCUCUCCAGCCUUCGGAUUCUACUCCGACUCAAUCGGGCCCCUCCGCCUUUACACCCACCCCUGGACAAACCCGGACCUCUACGGAAAGGCCCUCAGCUUUUAGCAGUGUGUUCAGUGUGAAUCCAGGGAACUCAGCACAUAGGGGUCUGUUGCCCCUUAGGACUAUCGAUCCCAUGGUGGCACAGGUAACUGGGGCCCCAGAGGCACCUGGGCGCCUCCCCGGUGCUGACUGGUCCGGUAGAUUGCUUAGCACAGGGCACGAACAUACCUUAGGUGCAAUUGGAGUAGAAAGUGAAAGGGGUUUGGUACCUCCUCCCAGGACCAGCUCCUCCUCCAUGGAUCUGCUUUCGUUGCGUAGGUUUCCAGACGGUUCCUCUUCGUCACCCAUAUACACGUCUGCUACUGAGGGGCGUGGCCUAGGGCUCCCCGGCACUGAGCCCAACCGGGGACGAGCCAACGAUGGCACGAGCAGCGGGCACCACCCCUUUUACGACAACACCCAACGCAACAACCCUGCCUCCAUAAGAAACGUCCUGCAGUGCAACCUGAGCCGCUACUUUAUGGAAUACGAACGCAUGCAGGAGUUAGAGCGGCCCGGAGGCAGCAGAGAGGUCGCGGGCGGACCUGGAACCAUGCAGGAACUUUUAAACAGUAGCAUGGACGCCGAACGCCCGGGGCCAUCGCAAAACAACUCAUCCCACACUGGAAACGGAGGCCCGGUUGCAGGGGCCUCACAAAACCACCCCAAUCGCUGUCGUUCAUGCCACAACCUUCUAACCUUCAACCACGACACCCAGCGCUGGGAGCGUUCUGGCCAGAGCUCCUCGUCGUCGUCCCAAGAAGGGCCAUCCUGGCCGCUUUCAGUGCCUCCUUUUGAGGACCCUGCUCAGAGUGCACGAGUCGAAGCUCAACCACCUGAGAUGAGGACCAUGGAGCUCGGGGAGACCUCUUCUGGUGUGCAGGGACAGCAGCCCAUGGGUCUGGUGUAUAAUCAGGAGACGGGCCAAUGGGAAAGCAUGUAUCGGCAGCCGACGCCCAGCGCUCCACCUGAGGCAGCCCAAGACUCCUUAAACCCAGAGGUGCCCGUUGAUAACCCAGAUGAGGACUCGCUCAGGAGGAGGUUGUUGGAAUCGUCACUGUUUCCAUUUUCACGAUAUGAUAUGUCAGGGUCCAGAGAUCAUCCAAUAUACCCUGACCCUGCAAGGUUGUCUCCAGCUGCAUACUACGCUCAGAGGAUGAUCCAGUAUCUGUCUCGGAGAGAAAGUAUUCGCCAGCGUUCCUUGCAGAACCGCCUACGGACACUUUCAACCUCUCAAUCCGAGAGCCAGGCCAACAACCCGUCCUCCACACCACCAGAGGCCAGCGAUGGGGACUAUGAGGACAUCGAGGAACCUGGAGACAGGACGAGACACAGAAUGCCUCGCAACGCUAGAAUGUCAGCCCCCUCUCUCGGGCGCUUCGUCCCACGGAGGUUCCUGUUACCGGAGUACUUGCCUUAUGCUGGACUGUUCCAUGAGAGGGGUCAGUCAGGGCUCGCCACCCACUCCUCUAUAAACAGAGUAUUAGCAGGUGCGUCUAUAGGGGAUGGGCAGUCAGCUGUGGCCAGUAACAUUGCCAACACCACGUACAGGCUGCAGUGGUGGGAUUUCACCAAGUUUGACCUUCCAGAGAUUAGCAAUGCUUCGGUGAACGUUCUGGUUCCUCACUGUAAGAUCUACAACGAUGCCAGCUGUGACAUUUCAGCAAAUGGGCAGCUUUUGGCCGUCUUCAUUCCCAGCAGCCAACGGGGUUUCGCCGACGAGGGCAAUCUGGCCAUUUACUCCCUCGCGCCCCAUAACUUGGGCGAGAUGCUCUACACCAAGAGAUUCGGUCCGAAUGCUAUUUCAGUGAGUCUUUCUCCUAUGGGUUGCUACGUGAUGGUGGGAUUGGCUUCUCGAAGAAUCCUCCUCCACCCCACCACUGACCACAUGGUGGCGCAAGUGUUCCGCCUACAGCAGCCGCACGGUGGCGAAACAUCUAUUAGGAUGAUGUUCAAUGUGGUCUACCCCAUGGCUCCAGACCAGAGGAGACAUGUCAGUAUUAACUCAGCCAGAUGGCUUCCAGAGCCAGGCAUGGGAUUGGCCUACGGAACCAACAAGGGAGACUUGGUCAUCUGCAGGCCAGUAGAUUUCCGCAGUGAUGGGGACAGUUCAUCAGACCUGAAUACCGAUUCCCUGUUUACCGUCAGCAGCAGCGGCGGCAGCAGUCGAACCCGCGGAGUGGAGCGGCCGGGAACAAGCAGGUCCGGCUGGAGAUUCGACCGAGACAUGGGUCUAAUGAACGCUAUUGGCCUACAGCCGCGUCAGCCCGCCCCUUCUGUGACCUCACAGGGGACGCAGACGCCAGUGGUGCGACUGCAGAACGCCGAGACGCAGACGGAGAGAGACCUUCCUUCAACCAGCACCUUCCAGAACGCACACACAUCAAGACACAUGGUUCAGACCGCAAGCACCAGCACGGACAGACACACACACCCAGAGACGGCACACACAAUGUCACACACAGCCGUUCAAGCAUCUACCUCAGAUGCAUCGCUGAACCGGACCAGCUUACCCAGCACAUACCACGGGGAUUCAGCGGCUGAGUCUGGCACAGGCGAGGAUGCACUCUCUCGGAUCCGCCGCCUAAUGGCGGAAGGUGGAAUGACGGCCGUGGUCCAGCGGGAACGCAGCACUACCAUGGCCUCAAUGGGUGGCUUCGGGAACAAUAUCGUGGUCAGCCACAGGAUUCACCGCGGCUCGCAGACAUCAGUGAGGACGACUCAGACGGGAAACCCGACCGCAGAAACACCCACCGGUCUUGCUGUCCCCACUGCACCCAUGUUUCGCACAGAACCUUCAGCAGACUCUCUAGAAGCUCCUGGUCCAUCAGGGGCUGCCGGUUCCUCAUUUCCACCACAGUUUACAGCUCGGUCCGAGGUCGCGAGGGCGUCGCCCAUGUUGGACGCGGACUUAUUUGGUAGCCGUCAAAAUGAUGACCCUCAACACCAUUUACCCCCUAGUCGUUUAAACAUGUCUAACCAUAGCAACAACAAUAACAAUGACCAUAGUUACAGCGAAAGCAGGAGCCGGGACUACCCCGACGACCUGUAUGGCAGAUAGUCUUACGUCUGAUGGACAUGAAGACGCGAUGGAAAAGUGGUCCGCAUGGUGCUGGGGCAUAUCGAGGCGUGCUGUCAAUGUUACAGUGAUGUGAACUUUUGGGGGCGGAACCACUGAACUUGCCUCUGUUCUGACUCCUCCCACUUUGGCCUUAUUUUGAGAAAGAAUGAGUGCCAAGCAUUUCACGCCGUCUCCUUGGAGACGACAGCCUCACCCUUUCUGUCAAAAUCAACUGGGACUCGGACUGGGGAAGGAAGCAUUAUUAUUGCACUUGCGUGUCACGCCUAAGUUAAUUUUUCUUCCUUUCAAGGACGAGUCACGGACAUUCAUCAUUCCACAGGAGAAAGGGUGUCAUACUUGAAUUAUUCCUGUACUGCGGGACGGAAUAACACAAGUUCAAGAGACAUCAUCGGCCUAUCGAAGUGCCAGUUGAGGCCGGGGGGUCUGAUGUUUUUUGUUUUUCAGGACAUUUUGGUGUCAGAAACAAGCCGUACAGACUUUCCUGACAGGUUAACACUAACUCAACUUUCUCAGCAUCUUGUAUCAACUUUUUUUGGUUCAGAUCAUGUCAACGUGAUUAAGGUUUUUUGUGUUCGAUAAUGUGACUUCCACGAUAGUGUUUGAGUUGUGCGGUUGAUGAACAAUGCUUCGAAGUUCUCAGACUGAAACACUUGUGUGCGUGCGUGUCCCCUUAAACUUCCAAUUUGCAAGUUUUAUGAUUUUUAAUUUGAAUUUAUUUAUCUGUGGUUUGAAAAUAUGUGGUUGAAAGCUUGUCGUCUGUUGGGUUAAAAACGCAGUUCUUGAACUUUCACUGUGCUUCACAUCUCUCAUAUCUGCAUGUGUGUCUAAUCCAGAGCUUUUAUAUGAAGAGGUGUGGCUGAAUGUGGAGGGCGGGGCUUAAGAAAAUGAGCAUGUGCAUUACAGCAGAACGCACACGUGUGAAAUUUUGGUACGCUUCCAUUUUUUUAUUUGGAGCUUUUAUACCUUAAUGAGCAGUUACAGCUAACUUUUUGCGUAAGAGCGUCAAGUUAGCAUCAUGUUUUGAGGUUUAUUUUAAGUGCAUCUUUACGAUUCAAAUCUUACUCUAUCCCUGUUACACAUUACAAUUUAAACCGCAAACGUAAGAGCUUCAUAUCUUUUUUGUUUUUAACUAUAUUUACGUCAGGCUACUUUCAACGAGUUAUAAUAAAAACAUUGCACUAAAUUACAUUUCUUUCUGAUACUACAGUCAAUAAAGCAGAUGUAUAAAUAAUCACACUUAAAUAAUCUAUGAUCGAGUAUUUCAUUCAGAUGGAUGUCGAUGAGAGAUUUGGCACUAUAUGCUCGAAACGCAGGUCUACGAAACACGCACACCCACCGAUCAGACACGGUCUGCGUUCACGUGUGCAUGUAUGUGUGUCCGCCUACAGAGUUUUAUUAUGAAUAAAUGUAGCAUUGUAAAUGUAGAGGUGGUAAAUAAAGAAAAACUUGAAAUCAUAUUUUGAGUUUUUAAGACACUUGCUUUUUCAGCUUCAUCGUGCUGGUUUAGAUCCUGACGUAGAGUUGGUCAGCCAUCACAACAAGCAUUAACAGGCCUUUAGUUAAUGAGCAUUUAUUAAAAGGAUCUCUCUCUGCUUUUAUUUGUGUUUGAGAUUACAUUUUAUUAGAUGUCUGGGAAAUUCCUUUGUUAUUUUAGCUGCUUGGCUGGAAUUUGUAACUUUUUGUAAAAAAAAAAGAAUGGAUAAAACACUUCUAUGAGUAUGGACACUUGUUGGAAGUUUUUGGAUGUAAGAUGCAUUUUAGUUGGAUUGUGAGGUGACACGCAGUGGCCGCUGAGGAACCUUUUCGGUCUUUCCAUGUCUUCGGUAACACAAAACUUUUAUUUCAGCUGUAAAUUCUUUACAAGCCUGUGAAUGCCGAGUGUUUUGGUUCAUGUCUUGGUUCUGUCUGAGUGAUGGUGCUUUUUAUGUUUCUCUAUUUAUUUUGUGCUUUGUGAGAAUGAUCAAUGCAAUCAUGAUUUUAAACAAUGCCUUUACAUAGUAAAAUAAAAACAAAUUAGACAACUGUUCGAUAUCAUCUUGCACCAUCAUAUUUACUCAUUUCACUUCUAUUUGACCUUUUUACACACCGUUAGUAUGUCUCGUGCAUGAUAUCCGUUUUGAACUUAAAAUCAUGCACAUUUUUUAUCAGGUGCUGAAGAAAGAGCUGACGGCGAGCGGAAGCGCAAUGUUAAAAACUGUGAUCUGUGUGGUUGUGUAUAUCCUUUCACUGCUGGAGUGGUACCUAAACAGAAGUCGUGAAGGUGGAACAGGCUAGAAUUUGAUUUGACGUGAGGGAUGUCUUGUAUUGAUUUACCAUAAAUGUGUAGUUGCUCCUUUAUGUAGUGAAAAUGAGGAUUAGGUGUUGUAAAAGAUGAUUUUGUGGGACACCAAAGAGCCUGGUUAUGACGACUAUGAGAGUUUUAAUAAAAUGUAAUUAUGGAAAUUA